CUUUCAACAAGUUUUCUAUCUCCCAACAGCUCGCCUCGCCCUCCCCUUCCCCCCUCUCUCUCCGUCCUCUCUGUUUUCAUUCACAGGAAACACUAAUGUUACGGUUGCUGAUCGCUGAAUCAGACUUUGUUUGAGCUUCAAUGGAGGAAGAGAAAAAGUAUACAUCGCUUCCUUCGAACUACUUGUCGCUGGCACAACUCCAAGAACGCUGGCUCAAAAAUCAUCAAAAGAAAAAAGAUGAAGAACAACCAAGGCAGAGAAAAGAACAAGAAAAUGGAAGUCAGAACGAGACUGGAGCUCGAAACGACGCCAAAACUGUAUCCGUCGUCACUCGCCGGUCGUUUCGGUUAAAUCAAUCGGAAAAAGUUUUUCGUUCGAUCGAAGUUAGCAAACCGAAAUCGGAGGAAUCGACAGACAAAGGUGUUGUGGUCUGCGAUGAGGAACAAAAGACCGAUGAAUCGAAGAAGAAGAAGAAGAAGAAGAAGGAUAGGAGGAAUAAGAGAAAACCUAGGGUGGGGGAAAACCUAAAUGGAAGUACGGAACAGCUACUAAUGGAUAACGAGACGGAGAAGAAAUUGCCGGUGCUUAAGGAAAACGAUGAAAAGGAGGGGAUCAGAAGUGAAUUCCAGCAUAAUGUCGAUGACCAGAAAGUUUCAGCGGAUCGGACGGUGGAGAUUCAAGGGAAGUAUAAGGGCUUGUCACUCAAUGGAUGGCGAGAGCGCAAUGUGAGAUCGACGGUGAAGAUUCAAGGGAAGUAUGAGGGCUUCUCACUCAAUGGGUGGCGAGAGCGCAAUGUGAAGUCAACCGUGGAGAUUCGUGAUAAUUAUCAGAGGAAUUGGAAUUCUGGUCGGCCCGAUCGCUGGAAAAUGUGGAAGCAGAGAGAUUGUAACUUUGUGUGGGUUAGGAAAGGAGAGGUUUCUGAUACUAAUGGUCCUGAAAUUCCAAGCUCAGGUUCACGAAUGGAGACUAGGGAGGACAAGAAGAAAAACAAUGGCCGGUUGAAGCACAGGGAUCGCAAUUAUAGAGCAUAACUGAAGCUUGUCUUCUAUAUUGGUUCUGUCACUGAUGCAUUUCAUUUCUGCCGUGGUGAAUCUCUAUAGAGUUUAGAUAUUUUGUAUGUUAGGAUUAAGCUGUUAAGAGUGUUGUUAUUAUGCUUUUGUUCUACUGUAUAUAGCUUUCUUUCCUGUUGGCAUCUCUUUGAAUCAUUAUUGAUAUGGCUUGAAUUGGCCCGUGUUUACAUGCAUAUCCUUACUUUUUUUGGGAGUUGAGGUAGUGAUCACUUGACCUGAUAUUUUCUGGAUGCACUUUAUAUGCAUUGACUACUGCCAUUGGUAUUGUUCCUGCAAUUGAUAAUAAAC